UUAUGCCCUUGGAGAUCGAAUGGGGAAUAAGCUUCUCCACCAUUUUCCCCAUAUUCCAUUGCCAAUACCCACACUAGGUAUAGUAUAAGCCAGCCAUGGAUCGGUGCGCUGCAAACUAUAUAGCAUUGACGCCUAUUGCUUUCUUGGAACGCGCAGCUUUUGUUUAUGCUGAUAGGGACGCUAUAAUCUACGGAAACAACAUCAGCAGAAGGAGGUUUUCAUGGAAGCAAACGCACCAGAGAUGCAUAAACCUCGCAUCUGCACUUUCUCACCUCGGAAUCGGUCGUCGCGACAUUGUAGCAGCAAUGGCACCUAAUAUACCACCCCUUUAUGAGCUCAAUUUUGGUGUCCCAAUGACCGGUGCUGUCCUUUCUGCCCUCAACACAAAGCUUGACUCGCCCACUUUGUCGCUAAAACUAGCCCUAUUGGAACCCAAAGCCAUUUUUGUUGACUAUGAAUAUGUUGAGGUUGUUGUUGAAUCCUUAGACUUAGCAAAACUCAGCCCACCACCACUCCUAAUCUUGAUCUUGGAAGACAAUAAGAUUGUUAAGAAUGGAGAAUCCGGGUUCAAGAUUCAUGAUAAGUUUCUUGAGAAUGGAACAUCUAAUUUCAAGAAUCACAAUAAGUUUCUUGAAAAUGGACAUUCUGAACUCAAGAUUUAUGACAAACUUCUUAAAAUGAAGGGAUUCCAUUUCAAGAUUUACAACGAGUUUCUCGAAACGGGGAAUUCUGAUUUCAAGAUUGUGUACCCAGACGAUGAAUGUGACCCAAUCGCGAUCAAUUUCACUUCAGGGUCAACAGGGAAUCCCAAGGGAGCAGUGUACAGCCACAGGGCAACUUAUCUGAACACCAUAGCACAAAUCUUCCGCUCUGAGAUGGCCGGAAAAUCGCCGGUUUUUCUGUGGACGGUAGACAUGUUCCGGUGCAACGGGUGGUGCCUGCCGUGGACCAUGGCGGCUCUCGGCGGCACAAACAUCUGCAGCAGAGAUUCUUCAGGCCAAGCAAUCUUGGACGCCAUUUCCCGCCACAAUGUCACACAUCUCUGUGGCCAACCCCUCAUUUUAACCAAAAUUGCAGACGCCAUAGACAACAACACCAACGUUGAAUUGCCUCCAAACAAAGUGGACGUUAUAGUCGCAGGUGUGUUACCUCCAUCCGAAAUCCUAUCCAAACUAGAAGCAAAAGGGUUCAACAUAAGCUAUGCAUAUGGCAUGACUGAGGCUCUAGGUCCAGUGACAUCAAUACCUUGGAAUUCUCGAGAGAAUAUAAAUUCUCGUCCGACAACCUUAACCGACGACGAGAAACUGAGGAGGCUUCGAGAAGGGAUGCACAACAUCAUGGUAGAAGGGGCAGACGUGAAAGAUCCGGUGACCAUGCAAAGCGUGCCGGCGGAUGGGGAAACCACCGGAGAAAUAAUGUUCAGAAGUAAUACAAUGAUGUUAGGGUACUUCAAGAACAAACAAGGAACCCAAGAAGCCUUUGAGGGAGGGUGGUAUAGGACUAGGGACAUUGGGGUGAAACACCCCAGUGGGUACAUAGAACUCAAGGACAGGAGAGCAGAUGUGAUCAAACGUGGGACAGAGAUUAUAAGUAGUCUCGAAAUUGAAAGUGUUUUGGUUAGGCAUCCCAUGGUUUUGGAAGCUGCAGUUGUGGCUGUGGGGAAACCUGAUGAGGUUUUAGGGCAGACAGCUUGUGCUUUUGUGAAGUUCAAAGAAGGGAGGCGUGCCACGGAGGAAGACAUUAUCAAGUUCUGUGAAGAUAAUUUGCCUCACCAUAUGGUCCCUCAGGCUGUAAUCUUUGGGGAUUUGCCACUUAAUUCCACUGGGAAGAUACAAAAAUUUGCUUUGAGGGAGAAGGCAAAGUGUCUUUGCAAGACGCUUAAUAAUGGCAAACAAAACCAUUUCUAGUUGCAGGUAAUUCCUGGUACUAUAAGGGUGUGUCUUGUGU